AAAAGAGAUUAGGGAAGAAGACUAGAAGAGGGUAUCUAAGUCCAAUAACACAGUAAUGGUCGACAAUUUUUUUUUUUUUUUGUUAUUGUAGUAUUCCAAAUUACAAAAGUUUUAUAGAAAUAGAAAGGAAAAAUAAAAAAUUCAGAAUUGUCUCUCUUCGAACUCCAAAAUCGCACGCAGUCGCAGCUGCAUCUCCUUCCUCAUCUUAAAACCCUCCGACAAAAGCAGCAUCUUGUAGUUGUAGUUGACACUCUAGUAGGCGGCGUCUCUGCCAACCGCCUCUCCUUUCUUUGCUGCUGCUAUUCUCGUGUGAUGGAAGAGACCGGGUUGCGAGUGCCGGAGCACUCUUACAUGCUAGUGCCACAAUUGUUGGCAUUGUUAAAGGAUGAAGAUCCUGGCGUUGCUCGUCAGGCUAUUGUUAGUGGCACAAAAUCAUUUUGUUCUAUACUUCAGGAGUUGGCUCAGCAGUUUCAUCGACAUGGUAAAGUUGAGAGAUGGGCUGAGGAGAUGUGGAUGCAUAUGAUUGAGUUCAAGGAUGCGGUACUUUCACUUGUUUUUGAGCCGGCUUUUGUUGGGACAAGGUUAUUGGCGCUGAAAUUUUUGGAAACUUGCAUAUUGCUACUUACUUCAGAUGCAUCUGAGACAGAGAGACUGACCUCAGGAGGUAAGGAGCUUAGAUUUAAUGUCUCAUGGUUGGCUAGUGGCCAUCCAGUUCUAGAUGCAGCUAAACUUAUAUCAGAAGCAAAUAGGCUGUUUACCAGUUUAUUAGACAUGUUGCAAUCGUCCAGUAGCCUUCCUGGUCAAUUGACAAUCACCAUUGUCAAUUGUUUGGCUUCUAUUGCAAGAAAGAGACCGGAGCACUAUGGGCAAGUUCUACCUUUACUACUUGACUUUCAUUCAAACUCUGAAAUAAGAGGAGGUCAUGCUGCUAGUAUUCAAUAUUCUGUAAGGAGCGCCUUAUUGGGGUUCCUAAGAUGUACACAUCCAGUCAUCAUUGAGUCCAGGGACAGAUUGGUUCAAGAACUGAGGUUAAUGAGUGCUGGUGAUGCUGUUGAUCAAGUUCUUCGGCAAGUUGACAAACAAAUGAGAAAUAAUGAGCGUUCUUCACGUGAUGCCCGGGUUGGUAAGGAAGAACAUUCAUCAACCCAGCGCCCGCUUUCAGGGGAUUCGAUAAAGAGGAAGCUUUUGCCCGUGGACAAUGAGGAACCUGAUAAUGUUUUCGAGAUGGCUUCAAAACGUAUGCGUUACACUUCUAAUGGAAAGUCUCCUGAUCUUGUUCAGAUUCAUGGGUCUGGUGAUGAUAAUCCCGUUGUUAAUGGGAUCUCUUCAGAAGCUCCCGUGGUGGAUAACAGUGUGAAUCCUAUUGAACAAAUGAUAGCUGUCAUUGCUGCAUUACUUGCAGAAGGAGAAAGGGCUUCCGAGUCUCUUGAACUUUUAAUUUCUCAAAUUCAUCCUGAUCUGUUAGCUGAUAUUGUCAUAACCAAUAUGAAGCAUUUGCCGAAGACUGCACCUUUGGCAAAGCAGGGGAUCCUUCCCUCCAAUUCACAAAGUAGUUCUUCUGUAAGUGCCGCGCAAGGUGCUGAUAUUAUGUCAUUACCUGUCCAUUCAUCACUUUCUGCACACAGUGCCAUUCCCGCAGCAGUUGCAGUUAGCUCAUCUCUUCCUGAUUUCUCUGGCUCUGCCAACCUCCAAGUGGAUGCUAGACGUGAUCCAAGAAGGGAUCCCAGACGCUUGGAUCCUAGGCGAGUUGCAGUGCCUGCUGAAGCUACAUUGCUUCCUAAUGCAGAGGAGGAUACACACGUGUCAUCUGUAUUUGAAGGUCCAGCUUCUGUUAAUAGAUCCACUUCACUAACUUCGGCACUAAACACCGAACCCUAUUCUGUGCCAGAUGCUGAAGUUGAUGGGAAAAGUAUCAGAACCCUUCUGGUACCUGAGAAAGAAAUAAUGCCUAAAGAGGAAGAAGCCGAUGAAUCCAAGGAGUUCUUGUCAAGUUCAGAGUUUAAUGUGCUUGUUAAUGGUGCACACUCACCUGAUCCUACAGUUAAUGAGAGCUCCAUCACCUUGACAUCCUUGAAAAUGGAGCCAACAGAUGCAGCAAGUGCUUUGACUUUCCAAGAAUCUGAGGACGAUUCUCCACCAGCUUCAAACACAUCAGCAUGUGAAGACACAUGCGAAGACUUACCUGAAGUUCCCUCUUACGUUUAUUUAACAGAAAAACAGAGACAAAUAGUGAAGAAACUGGCCGUGGAACGGAUUGUUAAAUCAUACAAACAGUUAAAAGACCAAGAGUUUUCCAAGACUAGGAUGUCACUACUUGCUCGACUGGUCUCUUGGAUGGGGGGUGAUGACCUUGUGACAAUGAUGGUGCAACAAGAUAUUGUGUUGGAUUACAGAGAUCAGCAGGGUCAUGACCUUGUGAUGCAUGUCCUAUACCAUCUCCAUGGUUUGAUUACUAUAGAAGUUGAACAAUCUUCUGGUGCUGCUGACUUGUAUGAGAAAUUCCUUCUUGGAGUUGCGAAAUCGUUGCUGGAUACUCUGCCUGCUUCAGACAAGUCUUUUAGCAGACUCCUUGGUGAAGCUCCAAUGUUGACUGAUUCUGUAACGAGACUGUUGGAGAAUCUCUGUUAUCCUGAUGGGUCGGAUAUGCGAGGAAAAGAUAUUCGAGAUGAUCGUGUAACUCAAGGUCUUGGAGCUGUCUGGAGCUUAAUUUUGGGGCGUCCACUAAAUCGACAGGCCUGUUUGAGUAUUGUUCUCAAGUGUGCUGUUCAUUCAGAAGAUGAUACUCGUGCUAAGGCCAUCCGUCUGGUUUCAAACAAACUUUAUCAACUCAAUUAUGUCUCUGAAACAAUUGAGCAAUAUGCUAAGAACAUGUUGCUUUCAGCUGUGGACUGCACAACAGAUGCUGAUGCAUCCGAAUCUAUUUGCUCGGGAAGAGAAGUAGGGGUCGCUGAAGAAACAUCCGUUACUGGUCCUCAACUGAUAGAUUUUGGCACAUCCCAUGCUGUUUCUCAGGCUGUUGCCAGCAUGUCAUUUCCUGAAGCUCAACGUCUGAUAUCUUUAUAUUUUUCCCUUUGUACAAAGAAACCUGGUCUCCUUCAGAUUGUGUUUGAUGUAUAUGCACGAGCUGGUAAAAUUGUGAAGCAGGCUAUCCAUCGUCACAUCCCUAUUUUAUUGAGGGCUCUGGGGUCAUCAUACUCUCAACUGCUCCGCAUUAUAUCUGACCCACCCAUGGGAAGUGAGAACUUGUUAAUGCUGGUGCUCCAAAUACUAUCUGAACAAACCACUCCUCCACCUGAUCUUAUUUCUACUGUUAAACAUCUAUAUGAAACCAAACUGAAGGACGCUACUAUCCUUAUUCCGAUGUUAUCUUCUCUUUCGAAAAAUGAGGUUUUGCCCAUAUUUCCUCGGCUUGUUGAUCUUCCACUAGACAAAUUUCAGCAGGCACUGGCUCACAUAUUACAGGGAUCAGCUCACACUGGUCCAGCACUAACACCUGCUGAAGUUUUAGUUGCUAUCCAUGACAUUGUGCCAGAGAAGGAAAAAAUUGCACUUAAAAAGGUAACAGAUGCUUGCUCAGCUUGUUUUGAGCAACGUACCGUGUUCACUCAGCAUGUCUUGGCCAAAGCUUUGAAUCAGAUGGUUGACCGAACUCCGCUUCCUCUACUUUUUAUGAGAACUGUAAUCCAGGCAAUUGAUGCUUUCCCUACUCUGGUUGAAUUUGUCAUGGAGGUUCUCUCCAAACUCGUCAGCAGACAGAUCUGGAGGAUGCCAAAGCAGUGGGUAGGUUUUCUGAAAUGUGUGUCUCAGACACAGCCACAUUCAUUCCAUGUAUUGUUAAAGUUGCCCGCACCCCAACUUGAAAGCGCUCUCAAUAAAUACAGUAACCUGCGAGGUCCCCUUACCGCUUAUUCAAGCCAGCCAAGCAUCAAAUCCUCCCUACCAAGUUCAACCCUUGCAGUAAUUGGUCUUGCAAGUGAAACACAUUUGAGUCAGCCACCACCACAUCUUGCAACUCCGUUGCAUACAUCAGAUACAAGCUCUGUUCGUGGGGCAACGUCAACUUGACAACCCGAGUCACAAAUAUUGGAUUCGUAUAUUAUUUGGAAGCUUCACUUGGGUAACAAUGAGGUAUCUGCAUUUUGAUAAUGUGAAAAUUUCAAAGGCAGAGAAAUGAAGAUUUUGAGUUAACUAACUACCUGCGGGUAACUGCAGGUUAUGUAUAAUAUCUGUAUAUUUGUAUUCUAGUUAGAAAAGCAGAAUAACCCAUUCCCAUAUCAAUUUUGGUAUUGGGGCAUUCUUAAUAAAAACCCUUGAUUCUUUCUCUUA